CAACGAUGUUGAUAUGGUCUGGUUGCAAGACCCGUUUCAGUAUUUGGAGGGAAGCCAUGACGCAUAUUUCACGGACGACAUGCCUGAAAUUAAACCUUUGAAUCAUUCUCAUGAUUUUGCCACAUCCGGAUCAAAACGGAGAGACUUAUAUAUGUAGCUGCAUGAUUUACUUGCGUCCCACUUAAGGUGCAAAGGUUCUAAUGAAGAAAUGGAUAAAGGAACUUGAGUCCCAAGUUUGGUCUGAGUUGAUCCGUUUUAAAGCAAAUGAUCAGCCUGCUUUUAACUUAGCACUUAACAAAACAGCUCACUUGGUGGAUCUCUACUUGCUUUCUCAGGUAGCUUUCCCAACAGGAGGAUUGUACUUCCAGAACGAGACAUGGAUUAAAGAGACAAAGGGAAAACGUGUCAUAAUCCACAAUAACUACAUUAUCGGUUAUGACAAGAAGAUGAAACGCUUCCACGAAUAUGGUCUAUCGCUAGUCGAUGAUCAUGCUCUUGAGUCUCCAUUAGGGAAAUUGUAGUAAAUUCGAAUGGCUAAAGAAAGAUAGAUCCACUAAGUGAAUUCCUUACAAUUUUGGGGGAUCUUUAAAGGUAUGUUGUGAUGUGUUAUAUAUGACUAACUCAGUGUGACUUGAGUUUUAUUAAUCCACUUGUAAUGUUAGUAGAAACAGAGCAAAACAGGGGAAAUAUAGAGACAUGGUCAUAUAUGGA